AUGAGUGAACAAUCAUCCACAUUAAAGUCUCGUUCUAAGUCGCCCUGUAAAAUAUCAAUUACAGGCGAUGACAACACGAAUCAGUUAAUUAGUAAUUUAGUUAAAAAACGAUCUAUUAUCAAAGGCCGGUUUACCAGAUUUCAAAAUUUUAUCAAUACGUUUGAAGUCAAUGCUAUUUUAUCUCGUCAAACAAAGGCAGAUUUAAAACUACGAAUCCAAAACGCAGCAAAUCUGUUCUCUGAGUUUGAUGAGCUUCAAUCUAAAUUAGAAGAACUAGUAUUAGAGAUAGAUUUAGACGAGCAAAUCGAACAGAGAGGUCAGUUUGAAGACAGCUAUUUCAACACACUGUCUCAAGCUGAAUGUAUGCUCAGUGGAGAAGAUGACGCGUCAUAUUCCAAAUCAUGCCCCAAUUCUAACGAUUCCUUGAAACUUCCAGUAAUUUCGGUACCUACCUUUACAGGCCUCAGCGAUCAGUGGCUACAAUAUAGGGACAUCUUCUUAUCAUUGGUACAUAAUAAUACGAAUAUAAGUAGCAUUCAAAAGUUUCACUAUCUAAAAUCGUCAUUAAAAGCUACUGCAGCUAUGGUUAUCGAUUCGUUGGAAUUUUCAGCUAAUAAUUAUUCGGUGGCAUGGGAACUACUCUUAAAUCGGUUCAAUAAUAGUAGAUUAUUAAUACAUAACCACGUAAAGGCAUUAAUUACUCUUCAAACCGUGACUAAGGAGUCGCCAGAUCAAUUGCGAUAUUUAAUCGACAAUAUUUUAAAAAAUCUACGCGCAUUAAACCUAUUAGGCGAACCAGUCGAUAGCUGGGAUACACUAAUUAUAUACAUAAUCGUAUCUAAAUUAGACAAAAUAUCUGAACGCGAAUGGGAACAAUAUAAAAUCACAGUUUUAAAACUUUCUGGUAACUCCGAAUCGCGAUUGACGGUAGAUACGUUAUUAGCAUUCCUAAAAGAUCGGGCCGACAUGUUAGAAACAUUACUUGCGUCGCACAAUAAUUAUAAAACCGAUUCAAAUAACAAACAAAUUUCAAACACGAUAAAACACAACGUACAUUGUAAUGUUUCUAGCAAUAAGCCACAAAUCCACACGAAGCGAUCUUGUUUAUUCUGUGACAACGGUUAUCAUCCAUUAUAUGCGUGUCAAACAUUUAUAAACACUGAUCUAGAUUCUAGGCUAAAGUUCGUCAGUGAAAAUAAAUUAUGCAACAACUGCUUGCGACCGGGGCAUCGCCCGAAUGAAUGCAGGUUCGGUGGAUGUAGGAAGUGUAACAAAAAACAUAACUCAUUGAUUCAUAAAGAUAGUGAAGUUUGCAACUUGUCACCGGUAAGCGAACGGAACACAGCUGCAUUAUCUAUGCACUCUUCAUUCACCGAGGCAGGGGGGCGCCCCGCAGCCGCCGUCAUAGGUACCGAUCUUAACAUUAACGAGUAUUCACGCUUAUCUACGCACACUAAUACAUUAUGCGCUCAGUAUCCCUGUAUGCAGCCAGUUCUUUUAUCGACAGCGUUAGUCGAUGUUUAUGACAAAUACAAUAAUAUUCACUCUGUUCGCGCGCUUUUAGAUUCAGGUAGCGAACGAUGUAUUAUGACGCAAUCUUUAUGCGAUUUACUAAAUUUACCAUUUAUACAGUCCACUCAAGAAAUUCAUGGGGUUGGUAAUUCAAUAACACAGUCCACAAAGAUGUGUAAUAUUGAAAUUAAAUCCCAUAUUAGCUCAUACACAGCGUGCAUAAGAUGUAUUGUAUUGCCGCAUAUAACAUCUACGUUGCCAGCGAUACCGAAACAAUACGCGCAGUUUCGUAUCCCUGACAGUGUGCAGUUAGCAGAUCCGUACUUUUGUGAAUCCCAGAGUAUAGAUAUUUUAAUAGGCGCAGAUAAAUUCUGGGAUUUAUUAAGUAGUGGUAGAAUGCGAUUACCUAACGGUCCGUUUUUACAAAGUACACGACUAGGCUGGAUUAUAUCGGGUUCCGUGGAUGUAAGCAUACGGAAUACCGGUCAAAUCCAGUGUAAUUUUACACACGUUACCGAUACUCAAUCACAACAAUCUAGGGAGCUUGAGAAAGUCACUAAGUCAUGUGAGACGCAAACUGAUGACCAGCGAGAGUGCGAAAAUCCUAUCAUUAAAACUACGAUGCGAAAUAAUGAUGGAAGGUUUUGCGUUCGCAUUCCUCUCAAGUCAUCACCACAUGAAUUAGGCGAAUCAUAUCCUCAAACCCUAAACCGAUUUUCAACGUUAAAUAGGCGAUCACAAAACCAUGAUAAUCAUAAAUUUCUAUACUGCAAUUUUAUUAAUGAAUGUAUACAAUACCUACUCGUACCUGUGCUGUAUAGAAUUUGUUCGCGAACAUGUGCUGAAAGUAUCGGCAUGCCCGGGAAACUCAUUUCCGGUCACGUACCAGACUUCCGGUCGAUGGAGCCGACUGAGUAA